CGAACCCUUGUAGUUAAAAAAACAAUAAACGAAUUGAACUUCCGAAACGAAGCCUAAAUAGAUAGAUAGUCGGAAAGCAGAGAGACCAGCUUACCGCUUACGCAAAAAUUUCAGAUACAAAUUCAACAGAAAAUCGAAGCUUCCCUCUUCUCUCUCUCCCUCUCUCUCUAGAAGACUGUUCUGUAUUGAAUUGAAUUGGUCUCUCUCUCUCUCUCUCUCUCUCUCUCUCUCUCAUUGUGAAUGGCGUCUUUAUAACAAUCAAACCCUAAUUCCAAUUCUCUCUCUGACUCUCUCAACAAUGCCAGGCGUUUCGGUGAAGCUUUACAGCGUCCUCUUCAAGUUCCUUCUCAAACGCCGCUUAGAAAACCUACUCGAUUCCUCUCUGAAUCCCAACUCCGCCGCCAAUCCCUUCGGCGUCACCCACCGCCCUGACGACCCCGUCGCCGCCGCCAACCCCACCUUCUCCGCCGUCGACAGCGUAGCCACCAAAGACAUCCACAUCGACCCCCUCACCUCUCUCUCCCUCCGCAUCUUCCUCCCCAACACCGCCCUCUCCUCCUCCUCUCCCCCCAAUUCUAGGGGUAGGGUUUCCCCAAAUCCUUCAAAAAUCCAAACGUUUUCCGAUGAUGGGCUUUACAGGGGUUAUUCCCCGCCGAUUGAUAGACACAGCAGCCGGAAUUGCCGCAAAUUGCCCGUGAUUUUGCAGUUUCACGGCGGAGGGUUUGUGAGUGGGAGCAAUGACGCCGUGGCGAAUGAUUUGUUCUGCCGAAGAAUCGCGAAGCUGUUGGAUGCCAUUGUGAUUGCGGUUGGGUAUAGGCUUGCGCCAGAGAAUCGGUACCCGGCGGCUUUUGAGGAUGGGGUUAAAGUGUUGCAUUGGUUGGGGAAGCAAGCUAACUUGGCUGAUUGUAUUGUUGUUGGAGGUGUUAGGAGAUUUAAUAUUCAUAGGCAGCAAAUUGUUGAUGGGUUUGGUGAAUCAAUGGUUGAGCCUUGGUUGGCUGCUCAUGGUGAUCCUUCUAGGUGUGUCCUCCUGGGAGUGAGCUGUGGUGCUAAUAUUGCAAACCAUGUUGCACAGAAAGCUGUGGAGGCAGGCAAGAAUUUAGAUCCUGUAAGGGUAGUGGCGCAGGUACUAAUGUACCCUUUCUUCAUUGGGAGCAUUCCCACACACUCUGAGAUCAGAUUAGCGAACUCCUACUUUUACGAUAAAACUAUGAGCAUGCUUGCAUGGAAACUCUUCCUACCUGAGGAAGAAUUUGACCUAGAUCACCCUGCUGCCAACCCCCUUGCCUCGGGCAGAGAAAUACCCCUCAAGUACAUGCCUCCGACCUUAACAGUCGUGGCUGAACAUGAUUGGAUGAGGGACAGGGCUAUUGCUUACUCAGAGGAGCUUCGAAAAGUCAACGUGGAUGCGCCUCUUCUUGAUUACAAGGACGCUGUGCAUGAAUUUGCUACACUUGAUGUUCUACUCAAGACACUGCAAGCCCAGGCUUGUGCAGAAGAUAUUUCGAUAUGGGUCAAGAAGUAUAUAUCGCUCAGAGGCCAUGAAUUUUCUUACUGAGGAGAUUGAAAAUUGCAGUUUAGAAACAUUCUUUUUGAUGACGAGGGUAAGCAUCGCAUUACCCGAUUCACUGAGCUGUUUUUUUUUGAGUACUUUUUUCAGUUUUGCUCUUCUUGUGGGCACAUUUUAUUCAUUCAUUCAUUCAUGUUCUUUUUUGUCAUGACAGAGAUGUAUAAUAUUAUGUAUAGGAACAAAUUGAAUAGAAUGUAUACCUUUCUCUUACUUUGUUAUUCUUUACAAA